CAGAGCAUAGGAGCGCACAGAGGUGACAGGCACGAUAGUGAUAAUUGCAAUUGGGAAUACGUUUAACAAAGCGAGUCGCUUCAAAGUGCUUAUUAUAUCCGCUAUUCAGCAGCAAACUAGUGCUGUAUUACUCAGCUACGAGUUGCUGUGUAAAAGGCUUGCCAAAUCUAAUUUGGAACUAAAAGUUUGACACAGAUUGUGAAUUCGUAGUUGUGUUGCGCGAUGGGGAAACACAACAGCAAGCUGGCUCCGGAGGUUCUGGACGACCUGUCGAAGAGUACAGAGUUCAACGAGAGCGAGCUGAAGCAGUGGUACAAGGGCUUUCUGAAGGACUGUCCCACCGGCAUCCUCAACCUGGAGGAGUUCCAGCAGCUCUACGUCAAGUUCUUCCCGUACGGAGAUGCCUCCAAGUUCGCACAGCAUGCCUUCCGGACGUUCGAUAAGAACGGGGACGGGACCAUCGACUUCCGGGAGUUCAUCUGUGCCCUGUCCAUAACAUCCCGGGGCAGCUUUGAGCAGAAACUCAACUGGGCCUUCAACAUGUACGACCUGGACGGAGACGGCAAGAUCACACGCAUGGAGAUGCUGGAGAUCAUUGAGGCGAUCUAUAAGAUGGUGGGCACGGUGAUCAUGAUGCGCAUGAAUGAGGACGGGCUGACCCCGCAGCAGCGCGUCGACAAGAUCUUCAGCAAGAUGGACAGGGAUCACAACGACGAGAUCACGCUCGAGGAGUUCAAGGAGGCAGCCAAGAGCGACCCCUCCAUCGUGCUGCUGCUGCAGUGCGACAUGCAGAAAUAGAUGAGGGAGAGGGAAGAGAGGGAGAAGGGAGAGGGGGAGAGGGACUCCCACAGCAUCUGGAGCUACCAGGGGUGUGCUGGGACCAGCUUAUCUGUUUAUGUUACUCGCCAGCUUCGGUACCGUAAUGUUUUUACGGCUCCCCUCAGAGUUGUUUAGUUCACUUUUUAGUUCAGUUGGGAUAGAGCCGUCCUCUCGCCCAUGUUGGUCCACAGGUAUUAGUGCCCCCACCCAAUCUUCUCUGUGCUGAGCAGAGCGUCCUUUUUUAGAGGAAAUAUUGAAUUUGGGUGCCACCUGUUUUUCCCUCUAACUGGAAAGGGAUUAGCUGUCUAGCAAAGGAUGAAAGAAAGAAAGAAAGAAAGAAAGA